AUGGCCGUCUCCGCAGAUGCAGCUGUUGUGGAACUUCUUGAUAGCAGUAACUAUGUGGAUUGGAGUGUAUUGGUUAAAAAUUACUUGUUGGCUCAAGACCUUUGGGAUGUAGUGGAAGAAGAAUAUGAAGACGACGAUGAAGAAGAAGAAGAAGAAGCUGAUGAUAAGUUCAAAGCUUGGAGGAAGAAGAAUGCCACGGCUUUACAUAAAAUCCAAAUUUCGUGCGGGCGGAAAGCCUUUUCCCUCAUUAGAAACGCCACUUCAGCCAAACGCGCUUGGGAUACUUUGGCAGAAAAGUUCAAGCCAAAACCAUUUCAUCCAAGAAAUGACAAGAGUCUGUAUAAGCCGUUGUUCGAUGCUGUAUCGCGUGGGGAUUGGAAUGAAGCAAAGGAAUUUCUUACCCUACAUCCCGAUGUAAUAAGAGCAAGACAUCAGUACUCAAACAGGACAGCUCUUCACAUGGCAACAGAACUAGAGCACGAGCAUAUUGUGGAAGAGUUGGUGCAGUUGAUGUCCGAGGAAGACUUGGAAAUAACAGAUAAUUAUGGUUGGACAGCUCUUGCUGUUGCUGCACAAAGAGGAAAUAUCAAAAUGGUUGAAUGCAUGGUUGGAAAAAGCAAGAAAAUACUUAGUAUUACCACUAACCAGAAUUUGACUCCAAUUCUCUUGGCUUCUGUCAAUGACCAAUGGGACGUCGUUCAUUAUCUUUACUCCGUCACUCCCAUCGAGGAUCUAAUGCCAGAAAAAGGCCCAUACGGCGCGGCACUUAUUUACUACUUUAUAACUGGAAGGAAAUUUGGUAUGGCUCGGGAAUUAAUUCGGUGUUGCCCACGAUUGGUCCUUACUAAAAACCACCAGGGGGCAUUUUUGAUGGAAGCAUUUAUGCCUUCUGCAUUUCCGAGUGGAACACGCCUCAAAUUCUGGCAACAAUGGAUCUAUGAUAGAAAAUUGGAACAAUAG